ACCAGCAAAAUAUCCCAGCCAUAGAAGAACAUCCAGUCAUAUCCCUAUCUCCGAAAAGAAGAGAAAACAGGGUAUCUGUCCAUCUGGGUAUCUGCCCCUCUUCUUCCUCGUUGAUCUAUUCUCCAAUCUUUGCCUCUUUCCUGAAUCGGCAGUAGCAGGAGAAGAAGAGGACGACCACCAUGGUUCGCGUCAGCAACGGCCUCGUCGGCCUCCUCAACUUGGUGACUUUCCUCCUUUCCGUCCCCAUCCUAGGCGCCGGCAUAUGGCUCAGCCACAGGGCCAGCACCGACUGCGAGAAGUUCCUCGAGAAGCCAGUGAUCGCCCUCGGCGUCUUCCUGCUGGUGGUGUCGCUGGCGGGGCUCAUUGGGGCGUGGUGCAGGGUGUCGUGGCUGCUGUGGAUCUACCUUCUUGUCAUGUUCGUCCUCAUCGUGGUCCUCUUCUGCUUCACCAUCUUCGCCUUCGUGGUGACCAAUAAAGGGGCGGGACAGGUGGUGUCGAAUAGGGGCUACAAAGAGUACAGGCUUGGGGACUACUCCAACUGGCUGCAGAAGAGGGUGACCAACGAGAAGAACUGGCGAAAGAUCAUGAGCUGCCUGCAGGAUAGCAAGGUCUGUACGAGCCUCGCCGGCGAUUAUGUCAACAAGCAGGCCUCACUGUUCUACAAGGAUAACCUCUCUCCCAUCCAGUCGGGAUGCUGCAAGCCACCAACCAGCUGCAACUUCGACUACGUUACUCCCAUCAACUGGACUGCGACGGCCAAUUCGACUGUCUCAGUCGACGCCGAUUGCACCACUUGGAAUAACAACGUGAAUACUCUGUGCUACAGCUGCAACUCUUGCAAGGCAGGCGUGCUGGCCAACCUGAAGAACGAUUGGAAGAAGGUGGCGAUUGUGAACAUCAUCUUCCUCAUCUUCCUCAUCAUCGUCUACUCAGUUGGAUGCUGCGCUUUCCGCAACAACAGAGAAGACAACUCCUACCCUCGUUACAAGGGCUAUCCUUGAGCAUAUAUCGUCCCUCAAUCCCCCUUUCUGUUCUUGAUUGCGGGUGCCUUUUUUCUUCCGUUUUUGAUUUUGUUCUUUCACCGUCUCUCCUGAGAUGAUUCUUUGUUUGUGUACAUGUAUACAUUCUAUUCUAUAGCAGACUUAUAGCCCUCGUUUGCUUUCUUAGUAGAUUUGGACUAAUAUAUAUACGAUAUUUUGCUAAAA